AUGGCCAAUACGUCCCCUCAUAUCCCCUAUUUGCAGAAAUGCAUUUUCCUCGCUGAGCAAUCACCUCCCCGACCAACAAAUUUCCGUGUCGGCGCCAUACUUCUCUCCCGACAGGAUAACGACCCCACGUUUGCCCAAGACCGUGUCCUUUCCACCGGAUACACCAUGGAGCUAGAAGGCAACACACACGCCGAGCAAUGCUGUUUUGCCAACUUUGCCGCCUCAAAAAACGUAUCUGAGGACCAAGUAGGCACAGCCCUCCCAGUGGAAGAGGGCCGUAAACUCAUCAUGUACGUCACAAUGGAGCCUUGCGGAAAACGGCUGUCAGGCAAUGCGCCCUGUGUGCAGCGCAUUACUCGGACUCGUGAAGGUGGUCGAGAGGGCAUCCAUAAAGUGUACUUCGGCGUUAAGGAGCCGACGACUUUCGUUGGGGAUUCUGAGGGGUGUCAGAUGCUUACUGCUGCUGGUGUUGAGUGGGAGCAUAUGGCUGGGUUGGAAAGACGGAUUCUCACUGUUGCUACAGCUGGUCAUGAGAAUUCAAAGGUUGAGGUUGAGGAGGCUUUGGCCAAGAUGGGGACUAAUGUUGACGAUAUCAGUGUUGAGGAGAGGAGGAAGCAGGAGGAAGCACCGAGGAAUCCAAAGAAGAGGAUGAUGGAGGGUGAGAAUCUUCUUUAUUAG